AUGAGUGAACUGUAUGUUGCCACCACAGCCACACUCCCCGCUGAGGUUGAGAUUAUGCUCAGUCUCGGCCUGAAAUUUGCACUUCCGUACACAUCGCUUCAACAAAUUCCUUUCUACCACAUUAUCGCCGACGUAGAGAAUGUGGUGAUCUCCACUCCGGAUCGAUCAAUCAGGGACCGUAACCGAUGCGCGGCAACAAACAUGAUCCAGAACUUCAUCCACAACUUCGACAGUACUCCAAACGACCCAGUGACUGCUUUCUUUGCCCACUCCAGCAAGGUUUGCAGGCGAUUUAAACAGGAAAAUCCAGACCUGAUCAUCACCGAGUCAGAUAAAGGUAAACAAACCGUAAUAAUGUACGAAUCCGACUACAACACCAAAAUGCUGGAGCUGCUAUUGGACACCAACACAUACAAGGUGAUUGCACGGGACCCAACGGAUGGUUUUCAGAAGAAAAACAACAGCAUCGUCGACCGUCUGCUGGCACUGGGUCUCAUCGAUAUUGCAACCUCAUAUCGUUUGCGUGCCCACUCUUCGCAAUGCCCCAGGAUCUACGGACUACCGAAGGUACACAAAACCAACCUACCUCUCCGACCCGUGGUUCCGAAUAUUGGUGCACCAUCCUACAUGCUCUCGAAAUACGUCGGUCGCAUUCUGCAAGCGUCCAUCAACAGUGUGUACAACAUUACAGACUCUUUCGUUUUCUAUAUGGUCAUGGAAAUGUUGAUGACAAAUGUUAUGGCCAAGAUCAAUUUUCCAACGCCGGUCAUAAAGAAGUACGUGGACGACCUAAUCUUAGCAUUACCGCUAGAUAAGGUGCUGGAAGUGCUGAAUGUUUUCAACAGCUACAAUCCCAACAUACAGUUCACUCAUGAAGUAGAGCAAAACGGAAGGCUGCCGUUUUUGGAUAUGGUUCUGGUCAGACUUCCCGAUCAGUCAAUAAAAACCGAAUGGUAUUGUAAACCAAUGGCGUCCGGUCGCUUUUUAGAUUAUUUGUCGAGCCAUCCACUUCACAUGAAGAUGAACAUGGUCUCGAACUUUAUAAAGCGAGUCAGGAAAUUGAGCACUAAUUUGUCUCAAUCAGAGGUUGAUGCGAUCAUUGACAACCAUCUAAAAAUAAACCACUAUCCCCGACCACUCCGACAUCGCCUCAUAAAUCAGCGCAGAGAUGUAGCGGAUAGACGUAGCAGUACAAAUGAGGAAGUCAUGUACAAACCUAUGGUGUUCGUUCCAAACCUAACAAAUAGACUGACAAAAACAUUCAAAACUGACUUCCCUAAUAUCAUGACGGCGAUGAGGAACGAACACACCAUCAAGAGUUUGUUUACCCAGACCAAGGAUCCAAUACCAAAAGACCAACGUAACAACGUCAUCUACAAGAUACCCUGCGGAGAUUGUGAUGCAAGCUACGUUGGACUAACCACCACCACGCUGAAGAAACGAAUAGGACACCACAGAAGCGACAUGACCAAAUUAGACAGACUAAUGAAUGACAUCGAAAACAACAACAACGACGACAACUACAACAGCUAUGAACUCGGCCGACUAAAAGAGAGAACAGCUCUCUUGCUGCAUUCGGCCGACAACAAACAUCGUUUCGAUUUGGACAGAAUGGAGAUACUCGACUGCCAUCGACGUUUCUCUGCUCUCCCCGUUCUAGAAGUGUGCCACAUUAUUAACACAGACAGGACGGUAAACAAACGAAGCGACUGCGACAGCUUAAACGAAAAUCUGGCCUUACGUACUACCGACUACGCCAUCAAAGCUCACGACACUCUCACUCACAAGAUUCAACAACUUUUCACCGUCGUCUUUGUUGGCGGUGUCCACGGUUAUGGCGUCAUCAUCCACCACCGUGAGUUCUGUAUACAAGAAGAAGGUGAAGAACAAAGACCUUCAUCCAACGCCGCAGCAUCAAAGGAGGUGGGCGAGCAUCGAUGCAAAGUGAUUAUCGAUAUUCUUUUUCCUAGAGUAACGCUUUGCAACUCUGCUGCGGUGGAAUGA